AUGAAUCCUUCCGGUUUCGGCAGUUUGAAUUCCGGGCUCCAUGGUUCGGGCGAGAACAACGUCAAUAACAACAUGGGCUUCCACUCGUCCUCGGUUGGGCGUGCGGCGCCGGGUAAGGGAGUUGCGAGACCUAGAUUGGUGAAGGUAAGAAGGCAAUUGAGUAGUCAGAACCCGAAAUCAUCUUCCGGUCCCGGUGCGAAUCCGUUCCUUGGUGUGCCCGGCUCUGGCGAGUCUGGAGGUGGGAACGCCGGCAAUGAGGGGUUUGUGUUUGGAGCUUGUAGGAGUAAUUCGGUUGGGAGGUUGAACCUGGACAAGGGGAUUCUUGAUGAGAUGAAAAGCUUGAGUCUUGGUAGUCAGAAUGAGUUUCUGAAUAGGAGUUCGAAUGUGGGCAAUGCUAGUGGUUUUGUGUCUGGGAGUGAUCGGAAUGCAAGUUCUGUUCUGGAAGAGAGCUUAAGCAAGUUGGAGAUAAAAGACCAUCAGAAUGCUGCCAGUAAUGGAAUGUUUAGGUCAAGUGGGAAUGAUGGUUCAUUUGGUAGUGGGAAAGGCCCGGAAUCCUUGCUGCCGGAUGAGUUAAUGAAGAAGUUGAAUAUUGGGAAGAACAGUAGCUCUGGUAAUUUUGCUUUCAGUGUGGAGUCUACGAAGGGGUUUACAUCUAAGCCUGAUGAAAGGAGUAGAAGAAAUGUGUCAUCUGAAGGGUUAGGGAACGAGCUUUAUGAUCGGAUGAAAAACUUGAACAUGAAGGAAGCUGCAGUUGUUAAUGAGGCUAAUCUUAGUCAUAAAGUUAAGGAUGGAAAUGAUAGUGAGAGGAAAGAAAGAUCUGUUCUUUUUGCAGAGGGAGAGAGAGACAACAAAUUGUUAGAUGACAUGAAUUUUAAGUUGAAAAUUGCAAGUGCAAUGGGGGGAUCAGCUGGUCCAAAGGUUCCAACUUUUCCUACUCGAAUCUUUGGACAGGGUAUGCAAACUGGAAAUAAGAAUGAUGAGAAAUCACAUGAUGUGAGAGGUGUGGAUGCCUUGGGGUUUACAUUUAGGGAAGGGUUGCAGAGUCAUGAUCCAAGUCGCAGUCACGCUCCUUUAGGUCAAUCAAAAGUUGAUAGGCAACAGGCUGAAGGUGCAGGGCCAUCUACUGCAUUUUCAUUUGGUGGUGUUCCCUUGCCUAAGAGUGCAAAUGAGAUAGAAGGGGCGGUACCCUUUACGGGAUUCAGAACCCCUGAUCCAAAAGUGAGCAGCUUCACUGGCGUUAAUAGUAAGGUUGAAUUUGGUGCUAAGCUAAAGGAUUCGAAACUUAAGAAAAGAAAAAGCAAGGGGAAGCAUUCUACAAAAGUGCAUCUUUGUACUGGAUUAGAAUACAGCUCGAAGGAAGCAUCUGAGGCUAGUGACUCUUAUUCACCGAUGGAUAUCUCUCCAUAUAUGUUAUCAGAACCACGGUGUUCCAGGGACUCGUCAGUGGCAUCAGAGGAGUCUUUCAGCACCAAUCAACAAGUUGCAUCAAGUGAGUCAGAGCAGCGAGAAACUUCGCUGAAUGACUCAAUGGAAGAUCUGGUUGUUGCAGCAGAACACAUGGACAUAAAUACAGCUUUAACGGAGGAAGCAUCUGAUCACCGUUAUGGUAAUAGUCUUGAUGCUGAUGCUGCUCCUCCAGAAGAUUCUGUUUCUGGAGCCGAAACUGAAAGCUUUAAGUCUGCAAAUGAAGAAAUAGAUCUCAUUAACGAUGGUGUGGUUAAUUCAAGAGAAAAGGAAGCUAGUUCAAGCAAGUGCAGUGAGGGUCAAGAUUCUGAAAUGACCACUCAAUUCUUUUCUGCUGCUUGUUCAGAAGAUUCAUGUGCUUCGGGUUUCAGAUUUGCUGCCUCUUCAACUGCGCAGUCAUCUGUUAAACCUCACCCUAAAAAGAAGAACUCCCAUCUUUCUUUGAAUACAAAGAUCCCGUUUGCUUCCUCCUCUUUUAAGUUGAAUUCUUUCUCUGGAGCUUCGCCGCUUUUGUCCCCGGCCAAUGACUGUAGAAGUGGUCUAUCCAGCCCAUUGCUUUUGUCCCCAGCCAUAGACGAUAGAAGUGGUCUGCCCAGCUCUUUCCUUUUGUCCCCUGCCAGUGACAAUAGAGCUAAUUUACCUAGCCCUUUGCCCGUGGUUGGUGAUAAUUCAGAGAUACUUAGAGGGAAGGAAGUCAAGCAAGUUUCUGAUAUUAGCUCUGCUGCAUCUGUUGCAGCCCAAGAAGCUUGUGAAAAGUGGCGGCUAAGAGGGAAUCAAGCAUAUAAAAAUGGGGAUCUGUUGAGAGCAGAAGAUAGUUACACACAAGGGUUGAGUUGUAUUCCCAGAACUGAAAAAUCCAGGAGCUGCCUUAGAGCUUUGAUGCUCUGCUACAGUAAUCGUGCAGCAACGCGGAUGUCUUUGGGGAAAGUGAGAGAUGCACUUGAAGACUGCAAGACAGCUGCCGGAAUUGAUCCUAAUUUCCUGAGAGUACAACUUAGAGCUGCAAGUUGUUACCUUGCUUUGGGUGAAGUUGAAAAUGCAUCAAAUUUUUUCAAGAAGUGCUUGCAAUUAGGAAGCGAUGUAUGUGUGGACAGGAAGAUAGAAGUAGAAGCAUCUGAGGGACUACAGAAGGCACAGAAAGUGAUGGAGUGCAUGCAACGGUCUUCCGAGCUCUUGGAAAGGAGAACACUGAAUGAUGCAGGAAGCGCUGUAGAAGUUAUAUCUGAGGCUUUGGUCAUUAGUCCAUUUGGUGAUAACUUAGUUGAAACUAAAGCACUGGCUCUCUUCACGCUUCACAAGUAUGAAGAGGUAAUUAUGUUAUGUGAGCAGACUCUUGAUUCUGCCAAAAAGAAUGCUCCCCCUGCUGACUGUGAACCAGCUCAUGCUGACCCUUCUGCACUCAAGAGGGAACCCUCCUUCAUGCUCUGGCGCAGCCGCUUGACGUUUAUGUCGUACUUCUAUCUUGGGAGGCUGGAGGAAGCCAUUAGUUCAUUGGAGAAACAAGGGGAUCCGAAUUCUGCUUCUGACUGUCUCUCAAAUUUUGGUAGCAGUUAUCUGGAAUCGUUAAUACCAUUAGCUUCCACGGCGCGGGAACUCUUACACCAUAAGGUUGCAGGAAAUGAAGCAUUUCAAGCAGGAAAGCAUUCUGAAGCUAUUGAACACUAUACUGCUGUUCUGUCAUGCAAUGUAGAGUCCCGACCUUUCGCAGCUAUUUGUUUCUGUAACAGAGCUGCUGCGUACAAGGAGUUGGGGCAACUUACUGAUGCGAUUGCUGACUGCAGCUUUGCAAUAGCACUUGAUGGAAAUUACCUGAAGGCAAUUUCUAGACGGGCCACACUAUAUGAGAUGAUAAGAGAUUAUGGGCAGGCAGCUAAAGACCUAGAAAGACUGUUAUCUGCACUCACGAGACAGGUGGAUGACAAAACUAAUCAGCUCGGUCAAGCUGAUGGGUCUACACACUUGCUAAAUGAUCUAAGACAAGCUCGUCUUCGUCUCUCCAAUUUAGAAGAAGAAGAUAGAAAGGAUAUUCCAUUGAAUGCCUAUCUCAUCUUGGGCGUUGAGCCUUCUGCAUCAGUUGCAGAAAUCAAGAAAGCAUACCGGAAAGCUGCUCUUAGACACCAUCCCGACAAGGCCGGUCAAUCCUUGGCGAGGGGUGAAAAUGGCGAUGAUAGACUCUGGAAGGAGAUAGGAGAAGAAGUCCAUAAAGAUGCCGACAGACUUUUCAAAAUGAUUGGGGAGGCAUAUGCAGUCCUCUCGGACCCUGCCAAGCGGUCACAAUAUGAUCUAGAGGAAGAGAUGAGGAAUGCACAGAGAAAACGUGGCGGAAACAGCACCUAUGGUAGAGCAUAUCAAGAGACCCACCACAACUCUCAAUUCGAUAGAGGUGGUGGUUCAAGGAGACACUGGAGAGAGGCUUGGCGAGCAUAUGGUCGAUAA